AUGGAUCCAUCCGAGCACGGCAAUCCUCCAAAAAAGCGCGAAGCCUCUUCGCCCCCUCCGCCCGUUUCCCCAACCUCAAAAUCAGCAGCAAAGAAGGCCAAGUCUGGCGCAAAAGAGCCCACAUGGGCGGAGGCAUCACCUCCAUCAUUUAUUCAGCAUGAGUAUGUUAUUUAGAGCUGCUCAGAACGAGCUUUUCAUCUAAUACUACUCUAGUUCUUCCUCAGCGGACACAAACACAACCCCAAUCCCAAUACCCACACUGACACCAACAACUCGACCUGCCUCUCUAAAAUUCAAUCGCAUCGGCUCUCCCCACGCCAUGGGUAUGAAACAGCGCGCUUCCACGUUCAUCGGUAUCCCGCAUUACGGCUAUGGCAUAUCGAUCGAGGAGAUGGUCAGUGGCAUCCAGAUUCCCGCUGCUUUGCUGCCAACGCUUCAGCCCUCAGAGCCCGCCCAGUCUGCUCCCAGUCCUUUAAUGGGCAUAAAAGAACUGAUUGAAAGAGGACUCCUUCCCAGCAAUUCUCACUACGCAGAUGAUGACCUUCCAGAGCCCGAGUCGGUUCUUUUGCCGCCUCUCCCUUUAUCAGACAAGCCAAUAGAAUCUGAUGACCAUGAAUACCGUACUUUCCGUGAAGUGGUAUGGGACCGUUACUUCCAGGUUUUUGAGCCUCGUAUUACGUGCUUUGAUCACACGUGGCUCAACUGGCUGAGAUUUUUGGGUCUUCUAAAAUUAUCAAAUCCGGCAUACAAUAAGGCAAAGAUAAUGAAUGUAGACUGGAGAAUCGCAAAGGCAGUUGAGGGAAAGUGGAAGGACGAAUCGUCGGCUAAGCGCCGAGUAGUCGAAUACUUAGCAGAUCGCCGUCAGAAAUAUGAUGAUGAGCAUCAGGUUCCAAGCCGAGAGUACCCGGAUAACCUACAUCGUGUUAAAGCGCUGACUUUGGAGGAGAUUGAGAGCCGAUUUUCACGAUUACAGGCGUUACCACCGCAGAGGAGCAAAUUGAGGCACGAGAAAGGUUGCUGGACAGCAUCAACGUCGUUUCUAAAGCCCGCGAAGCAAUAAUGGCGGCAGUAUCUACGCCAAUGAUCACGGAGACUACAUUCAACACUUUAGUCCCGUUGAUUCGCCUUGAUGUUGUGUUCAAAGCGAAAGUGGUCGCGAAAUAUCGCAACCCCCCGGCACUUUCUUGGAUGGAGUUCGAAAUAAAAUUUAGGAUUUACUCUCCUGAAUGUUUCGUCUUAGCAGAGGAUUACCAAGUAAAGUUUCGUCAAUGGCUUCGUAAGCUCGGUCUCAAUCGCUUCCCCUUCAACUUUUGCCAUGGUUACGAGCAUGCCUUAACUAUCGUCGAGCUGUCGUGGAAUGAAAUUGACGCAGAGAAGAGAAAUCAGUUGGCAACUAGAGCCAGCAAAUACAAAGAGAAGUUCUUAAUUAAAGGUUCGAAACCACAGCACUGGUAUUUCCUGGAAGGAUAUUAUGGCUUCUCUGACAACAUGAGUGUUUUUGAUCCAAUUGAUACUAGACACAGAGGACAACGGGCAGUUGACCCCGAUUACAAGAUCAAGAAGGAAUUAUGGCUGAAGCACAUUGGUCUUGUAAAUGAGGAUGGUGGAUAUGUCACUCCUGACGAGCUUCUGCGACGAUGGCGCUCUAAGACUGAUACAGAGAGAAUCGCCAUCGAAGACAAGGCACGAGAAGAGAGAGUGAUUUAUUGUGGUUGGCAGCGUGGAAGUAAAAAUCUGGACGGCGGGCCAACUGGCAGGAAGCCCGUUACUAUCCUCGACUCGUAG